AUGUCGGAGAAAAGUGACCAGCAAAUGGUUGAGAGGGAAGCAGCGACGACGACAGGAUGCGGUUCACAGAUUACCGAUAUGGCGCGACCAAAUAAGUCAGCAAAACUCGCCAAGCAAAAUGGAGUGGACGAGGAUGAGGGGGACGAGGCUUCUGUUUCUACGAAUACUGUGCCACUGGCGGGUCAGCUUCUUGUUGCUGUUGACCGUUUUCCUGGAGUGUUUUCCUGGAGACUAACAGUUAAUAUCUGUCUAAGCAUUCAGGAAUCAGAGAGAUGUGUUCAGGAGGAAUUCAAAUCAAACAGGGAAGAGGCAAACGAAGCAACAGCUGUUUUUGUUCAGCAAUUUCACUGCAGUGGCACCAACAACAGCAACGAGCUUCUUGCGACGGCGAGUGAACAGUUCGAUCGCGAAAAGCUUGUAAUUCCACCGAGGAAGCUAUCAAUGUGGAAGGCACCAGCGCGAUCACCUACACUAUCGCCGUCUUGCCAGAAAAAUUUCACUGUUCCGGCUCGACCCCGGUUACUGGUACGUAGUCAUGCAUUUUCUGGUGAUGACGAUACAGGUGCUUCACUCAGGCAUACGCCAACUUCACGCUUGCUUACUUCACGUUCCACAUUUUCUUCCACCUCUUUUGGUUAG